AUGGAUAAGAAUGCCAAUCUUGAAGUCACAAACGCCUUUCCAUUUCCAAUCGUCGAAGCCCCCACCGCGGACGGUUAUCAUGAUACACCCGCAAAUUUAGCAUCCUCCGCUCCACGAGCCAAGGCAAAUAUCAGCUACCAGGCAGAGAUGAUAAGAAAAUUAAGGGAAGUCAACGUGGACGCUAAUAAUACCGGAUGGUACACGAGCACGAACCUUGGUCACUUCAUUCACUCUACCUUCAUCGAGAAUCAAGUACAUUACCAGAAAGAUAUCAAUGAGAGGACUGUGGCUCUAGUACAUGAUGUGAGCAAAAGUUCCCAGGGUGGGCUCAGUCUCCGCGCCUUUAGACUGUCACCUGCCUUCAUGACCGCAUUUAAAGAGAAUAAAUUCACUGCCGAGAGUCUGCAAAAAUCAAAUCUUCGAUAUCAGGACAUACUUCUUGAGUUGCCGCUUCAGAUACACAACUCUCAUCUUUUGACGUCUUUGCUCCAUUCCCUUCCCGGCGCCACGCCCUCUCCAGAUAGCCAGCAGACACAGACGCCGACUUUACAAUCGCUCUCACAAACUGAGGAUCCUCUAUCACCAAAUUUUUACUCACUCAACCUUUCAGUCGACCCUUUUCUCACCCAGACUACCGACUUGCUGCUGGACAGCAUUGAAACGCACCACACCGAACUCAACAAUUAUCAGUACUAUCAAAGACAGCUCGCGCGAGAACAGCAAAAAAUAUCGCAGUGGCAGCAGAAACGCAAGUCAGAGAAUGCAUCAAGGGCUAUGGCAAAGCAGAGUCCACUGCCCGAGGAUGAGUGGCAAAGGCUGUUCAAGCUUCCACAGGAGCCGGGCAGGUUAGAGACCAUGUUGAACAGCAGGCAAGUGGAGCAAUAUGCGCGACAGAUAGAUGGUUUCACAGCUGGGGUAACCGGCAAGAUGUUUGCUGUGAGGGGAAAUCUGCUGCCGGGUGUGGAGGACUCAUAG